AUGGGCGAGAAACUUGUCCGGUUCCUCGGUUUCAUCCUCCUCCUCGGCUUUGCCCUCAUUUCCGGUGAGGAACCGACGGAUUUCGACCCCGGGCUGUCCGGAAUAGCGGCCGGAAAUGCGACGACCCCUCGGAAUAUGACGGCAUCUGCGAACACGACUACGCCUGUCAAUACUACAACUACAACUACAACCAAAAAACCGACGACGCUGUCGCCGGACGUGAUCGAGCUGUUGAGGGAGCACUGCGCGAACCAAGUCAGCAAUAAAGUUGUGAUGCCGUUCGACCAGCCGCUCAUCGACAGCUGCUUCUGGGCCGAUCCAAAGGAUACGAACUGUGAUGCAUGUACAAUCUGUUGGCAUCCAUUCAUCGACGACAGCCAAUCGGAACGAUCGGUGCAUUGCCUGCCCGCGCUGGACUGGCCAUCGCAUUGCAAAGGAAAUGUCUACUACGUCACUUGGUUUGGAAGAUUGGCAUGCGGUCUAUGCCACGAGAACUGUAGUGAAUGCUAUGGGCCGGGUCCCGAUGAUUGCGACGCGUGCAGG